AUGUCGACCGACCAGCUUGAGGAUGAGUUCGUCGCCGGGGACAUUGAGACGGAUCCCCUCCUGGUCCGCAGUCCGCAGGCUUCACGACCCACUCCUCUUCCGAAAGUGCAGCUGGGCGCAGUGUAUGCCAUCAAGCUGAUACUGCCGAUCGCGCAGACGCAAGUGCUGCCGUAUCUGAAUGUCUUGGUCCAGGGACUGGCUAAGUCCGACGGUGCAAAGACGGGUUACUACAGUGGAGUGGUGGGGAGUGCUACUUCUGUCGCACAUCUGUUGACAAUUUACCUCUGGGGUCGGAUUUCCGAUAGGAUCGGGCGUAUACCCGUGAUCGUGCUAGGUACGACAGGCAUUGCCGUCUUUACGCUAUUGUUUGGCCUGUCGCGCACGUUUGCGACCGUGUUAUUGACGCGCUUUCUGGUUGGAAUAUUCUCCGGCACGACUGGAGCGAUUCAUUCUGUGGUGGGUGAAAUCACCGAUGCCAGCAAUCAGUCGACCGCGUUCCCGCUGUAUGACAUCGUAUCAGCACUCGGCUUUGUUAUUGGACCACUCAUUGGUGGAACUUUCGCAAACCCCGCCACCCUAUUCCCUCGGUGGUUCGACAGUCCAUUCUGGAGAAUAUAUCCUUACUUUCUACCAUGCCUCGUCACUGCAUCAAUCGCUAUGCUUACGCUAUUUAUUGCUGUGUUCGUUCUCGAGGAGACCCUUCCCAGCAAGCGCAGAACGAAGGUCACGUACGAUGUCCUCUUCUCCGAGGAGUCAUCCUUCUCCGAGAUGGAAGGAGAGAUCGUGCAAACUACUCAAGCCAAGCCUCUCAGCAUCAAGGCAUUAUUGUCAAUCCCUGUCAUCCGAUCCAUCUGCGCAUCCAGCGCAGCUUUAGGCUUUGUUGGGUCGUGCUUCAACACUGUGUUCGUCCUCAUGGCGUACACACCCAUCCACGAUGGCGGGCUCGCCCUCUCGCCGCUAGCAAUCGGCCAAGCACUCUCGGUUAUGGGUAUCGUCUCGAUCUUCCUGAAACUCACAAUGCCGGUGCUUCUCCGGCGCUUCGGGACGCUGACCGUGUUCAGGUCCUGCAUGCAGUCGUGGCCCGUGACGUUCGCGUCGAUGGCGCUGCUCUCGUUCGUCGCGAAGCAGGCUGUCGCGAUGGAGAGCAAGGCGAUCGAGUGGGUCGCUGUGGGCUUCACUCUGUUCAUGUCGAGAGUGGGCUGUAUGGCUUUCUCGAUUAUCAUGAUCCUUACGAAGGACCAUACGCCUGGAACGAUGUCUCUAGGAACGUCAAACGGCAUGGCCGAGUUCGCGCAGUCGUCCCUCGCUGCGCUGGGACCAACUGUUGUCAGCUCCCUCUUCGCGUUCUCGGCAUCGAACAACAUCCUCGGCGGCCAGCUGUGGGUGAUCAUUAUGGUCCUCGUCACUCUACUCGGAGGGUCGUUCGCAGAGCGCAUCAGGAAGUACCGCGACGACAAGUAG